AUGAAGAAGAAUGGAAGAGACAACAACUUCUACCACUUGUACAAGAACAAGUACCUGAUCACGGGUGUGACAAUCCUGUCCUUCAUCCUCAUGUUUCAAUACAAGUACCAUGAAGUGCUAACCCUACACGAUAAUAGUGAAAAUGCUGUACAGAGCAGUAAGCUUUUCUGGGCGCGACUCCUCUUCGGACGAACAAGGAGUCGAAUUACAGGGCAAAUAUUAAAAAUGGAAAUCCCAAACACAUACAGAUUGUUCAUUUUCAAUUUUUUAAUUAAAUACAUGCACAUCAAUAAGGAAGAAAUAAAAUACCCAAUAGAGUCUUACAAAUCCAUCGGAGAUUUUUUCUCCCGUUAUAUUAGAGAGGAAACGAGACCCAUUGGAGAUGUUAGUGAUUACUCUAUAGUCAGUCCAUGUGACAGUGAACUCAUAGAUUACGGAGAAUUAACCUCAGAAUAUCUAGAAAAUAUUAAGGGAGUCAAAUUUAAUGUAAACACUUUCUUGGGAUCCAAAUUCCAGAAGAAGCAUAAUGAUGGAAGUACCAAAUUUUUUUAUGCCAUUUUUUAUUUAAGUCCAAAAAAAUACCACCAUUUUCAUGCCCCUUUUAAUUUCAAGUACAAAAUUAGGAGACACAUAUCUGGAGAAUUAUUUCCAGUUUUUCAAGGCAUGUUUAAAUUUAUUAACAACCUCUUUAAUAUUAACGAGAGGGUAAUCCUGUCCGGGGAAUGGAAAGGUGGCAAUGUGUAUUAUGCCGCCAUUAGUGCUUACAAUGUAGGAAAUAUUAAAAUUAUUAAUGAUGAAGAAUUGGUUACGAAUAAUUUAAGGCAUCAGUUAAGCUACAUGGGAGGAGAUAUCAACACCAAGAUUUUCGACUCCUAUAAAAGUGUCGAAGUUGGAGACGAAAUUGGGGAAUUCAGAAUGGGCUCAUCCAUUGUUGUAAUUUUUGAAAAUAAAAAGGACUUCUCCUGGAAUGUCAACCAAAAUCAAACUGUUUCCGUAGGCCAGAGGCUUGGCGGGAUCGGUGAACCCGUCAAGGAGGAAAACAGGUUCAUCAAAAUUAGAAGCUGA